AUGCGUCGCGACGCAGCGGCGCGCGCGCGGCGCGCUGGUACGUUCGUCGAGCGAUUGCGGGGUCCGUGGGACACGACGGCGCGACGCGACACGGUGUGAGUGAAACUGGGUUCGACAUGUUUCAUCGGCGAUGCGGCCAUCGUGUCACCCUCAGCAACAAUAAUUGCACCGCCACGCGCAAUUUCUCCGAGUACAAUUACGGUCUGGUGUUUAGCGCUGAGCCGCUCCAGGAUGACGAGCUCUUCGAAGUCACCAUCGACAAGAAGAUGAUAUCAUGGAGUGGCAGUAUAGAAAUUGGAGUGACAGAAUGCAAUCCAGAGACAUUGGAAAUACCAUCCUGUGCCAUAAACCUUCGCCAUGGAUCUUGGAUUAUGACUGGCUGUGGCAUAGUUCACGAUGGAGAUCGAAUUGUCGAUAUGUAUGGAACGGAUCUUAAUGAUUUAGAGGAGGGAAAUACUUUAGGAGUAAUGCGAACAUCCAAUCAUGAACUACUAUUCUACAUCAAUGGUGUUUCGCAAGGCGUUGCUGUCAGCAAUAUUCCGGAGCGUAUUUUUGCCGUUGUAGACAUGUAUGGUGAUUGUGUACAAGUCAGUGUAGCUCAUCCCAGACUUGCCACUUUGUGUAACAUGCCGAAAGACGAAGUCGAGAUUAAUAAUGAUUAUGUUAUGGGGGAAACCUCCAGUUCCUCAACAACAAAUCUAGUCGCUAACUUAAAUGUUAAUUUAAAUGUCAAUGUAAAUGUUAAUUUACCGAAAAAUCCCACCCCCGCCGCAAUAAGAGAAGAUAGAUUGAAGUUUCACGAAAGAGUUGGAACGUUGGUGAAGCUGUCCAACAAUGCCAGAACUGCUGAGAGGCGGAGACCGCUCGAUGAGUUCAACAAUGGUGUUGUAAUGACACAUAGGCCACUACGGGAUAAUGAAUUAUUCGAAAUACGAAUAGAUAGAUUAGUUUACAAAUGGUCGGGAAGCAUAGAAGUUGGUGUUACAACUCAUAGUCCUACAGCGCUAGAAUUUCCAGCAACAAUGACCAAUAUGCGUUCUGGCACAACAAUGAUGUCCGGCUGUGGUAUUUUAACAAAUGGUAAAGGCACACAACGGGAGUACGGAGAGUUUAACUUGGACGAAUUGAGGGAAGGAGACCGUGUGGGAAUGAUUAGGCAGAGUAAUGGAGAUCUUCACUAUUUAAUAAAUGGUUUGGAUCAAGGUAUCGCUGCUAAAAUACCAACAGGUGUGUGGGGUGUAAUAGAUCUUUAUGGAAUGACUGUAAAAGUAACCAUUGUCGAUCGUGACGAAAGAGAAGAACAAAAUCUAGUUACAAGGAGAAACACAUUGCAGCUACAGGGUCUGGAAAGUGAAGAAGUUGGAGAAGAGGAAUUACCUGAUAGACUAAUGUUUCAUCCCUGUUGCGGAACACAUGCCGAUGUAAUCAACAACGGACGUACAGCACAUAGACCUAAUGCCAUAGAUGACUUCAAUAAUGGAGUAGUAUUAACUUCGAGACCAUUGAAGCCCAAUGAGCUGUUCGAAGUCAGAUUAGACAAAAUCGUCACGAAAUGGGCCGGUUCUAUCGAGAUAGGAGUUACCACGCAUUCCCCAACGGAAUUGGAGUUUCCCUUUACCAUGACAAAUGUCAGAUCCGGCACGUGGAUGAUGACGGGCAACGGCGUGAUGCACAACGGUACGACGAUGAUAGAUCAAUACGGUCAGAAUCUGGAUCGUCUGCAGAUCGGUGAUCGUGUAGGCGUGAUGAGAAAAGAUAACUCGACCCUGCACUUUUAUGUGAACGGCGCGGAUCAGGGUGUGGCCGCAAUGAAUGUACCGGAAAGAGUCUACGGUGUAAUUGACCUCUACGGGCAGGCCGCCCAAGCUACCAUAGUUGAUAACGUAGACUUUUACAGUCCGACUACAAACAAUUCUAGUUUUAGCAAUACAACGUUGUACAGUGAUCUAAGGUUUCAUCAUGUACAUGGUAAAAAUGCGAGAAUCACGAACAACGGUUUGACAGCGUCCAGACCGCGAGCUCUGGGUGAAUUCAACGAAGCUAUUGUAAUUGCGAAUCGCGCGCUACGCGACGGUGAAAUGUUCGAAGUGACGAUAGAUAAAAUGGUUGCUAGAUGGUCUGGUGCUAUAGAAGCAGGUGUUACUGUGAUAAGACCCGAUGAAUUGGAAUUCCCAUCUACGAUGACGGAUAUCGAUCAUGACACGUGGAUGCUCUCAGGAUCGACAGUAAUGCGCGACGGAGUUACGUUGCGCAAUAAUUAUUCUUGCGAUUUAGAUAAAUUAAUGGAGGGCAAUCGGAUCGGAAUGAUGCGAUGUUCGGAUUCUUCCUUGCAUUAUUUUUUGGAUGGAGUAGAUCAGGGUUCUGCUUGUACGGGUCUACCACCAAACGUUUAUCCAGUAAUCGAUCUAUAUGGACAAUGCGCACAGGUGACGAUUGUGUUGCCUGAGCGCAGGGAUCCGCUGACACAGCAGUAUUUACCGUCGGAAAACAGUAUUAGUCAACAGCCGACUUCGGUGAUCCAACCUCAGGCGCAAACGGAGAUUCUGCACAAGUUUCACGAAUCGGUUGGACUGAAUAUACAAUUGAAUAGUGAUAGAACGGUAGCAACUAGAUGCAGGGAAUACAAUAAUGCCGUGCUUUUGAGUGACGCUCCUCUGGAAAAUAACGAGCUAUUCGAAAUCGCGAUUCAGGAAGUAGCGCGUGAGUGGAGCGGUUGUCUGAGGUUAGGUGUCUUGAGUAACGAAACAGGGAACUGGUUGACAUCGAUGAAUCUUGUGCCCGGUAUGACGUCCAUACCUAGUGAUGCUUGGUACCUGACGGGUAACGAGGUGAGGCAUAUGGGUUUCGCGCUCACCUCGAAUUAUUGCACGAGUCUGGAUUGGUUACGGGUAAGCGACAAGAUCGGCGUGAAACGCACACCCGAGGGCAAUCUCAAGUUCUACAUGAAUGGCGAGGAUAUGGGCGUAGCGGCAUCUGACAUACCGGAGAUUGUGUAUGCGGUGAUCGAGCUCUUUGGCAGUACUGUGGCCGUGAACAUCACUAGUAGCAAGCAGCAAAAUCCCGUGAUAUCUCCCAACGCCAGUCUGAGGCUGCAGGAUUCGUUGGAGCUUCUGCUGGAUCCGAUGCCGACGAGGAAUGACGCGGGAAUGGAUACAUCUAUCGACGUGUCCGAAGGAAAAUUAAUGAACGAGGCGAUGCUUACGCCAACGCAACCCGCCAUCGUCAGCGUAACCACUGCCGACGGGGAUGGGAACUAUGAGUUCCACGAGAAUCAUGGCAGAAAUAUUCAGCUGGAAACAAAGACGAUCGCCAGGCGAGUAGCUAGUUAUAAUCAGGGUGUAGUGAUGUCCAGUCGACCGUUAAUAAAGGGUAAGCCAUUCCAAGUGAAAAUAGAUAAGCUAAAUGAACGUUGGGUGUCGAAUAUUCUCUGCGGCGUUUCCUGCAUAACGCCGGAAAAGCAGACAAGCUUCCCGUUGACGGCGCUCGGUUUUAAGAGGCACUCAUGGAUCAUCUGCAGCGACUGGAUAUUUCACAAUGGCAUAAGGGUGAAAACAAAGUACGGCGCCGGCUUGGAAAAUCUUCAGUGUAACUCUAUCGUGGGUUUGUUGAUCGACGAAGACAACCGAUUGCAUUUGUUCAUUAACGGCGUUGAUCAGGGUGUGGCUGCGACCGAUCUGCCGCCGUAUGUCUUCGCCGUGAUCGAUCUGUACGGUCAGUGCGAGCAGGUGUCCAUCUCAGGCGUCAAUGAAGAAUCCACUUAUACGAACGUCGCCAUCGACAAUACGCUCGUGGCUCCUAUUGAGUGUACAAGCGUGGAAACAGAAGACGUGGAGAAUUCGCGCGAGAAAGCAGAUUUAGAGUGUCACGAGAAGGAGAAUGCGAUGGCAACUACUUCUGAUCUCUCGCCAUCCUCGACGUCACCGAGUGUACCAAGUCAAUGCGGUUCGAGCACCAGAGAUGGCAACCUCGAAGCCAAGUAUUCGUCUUUUGACAGUGCGAAUCUGGCAAACAAUAGCAUUACUAACAAAGCGGCGUCGAGUGUCGACAGUAACAAUUCGGACUCGUGUUCGGGGUUGAAUAACGAUGCGCGAAGCGCCAAAAAUAGAGUGUACCUGGAUAAUGCCGGACAAGCGCCGUUGAACAAUCAGCCCGAAAACAACUCGAGCGAAUCUAAUCUCGACUCGGCGGGGAAUCGCGCGCUUGUGAGUGUUUUAAGUAUUCGAAACGAGUGUACAAAUGUUGAGAUAAACAACGCGACUAACAUUAAUAUACAGAAAGGCAUGGUCGCGAGCGCCAGUAACAUGACCAGCCUGAAUGCGGCGAUUACGGCGACGAAUGCUAACAAUGCGAUUAAUGAAAGCAUAGCGUCCAAUAGUCAAGUCGUUAAUAGCAGUGUGCAGCAGAACAAUCUAUCGGAUCUACCCAACAACGUUUGUUCCGGCUUCCACGAACCACGGUCUUACGCGAGUCGGGACAACGUCGCAUCGAUCCGCGACAACUCAAUAUUCAACGGGAACAUACUUCCGAGCCAGAACAUGAUAGUCAACCAAACGCGGGACACGACCUCGAUACCGCUGAUGCCGUCAUCGUUACCGUCCACUCCACUCGGGUCUACCAUCGUCGCGUCAAGAAAGUGCGACUAUCUAAAGGCGUGCAUGCAGCUGAAGAAGUCGCUUGUUCUGCCAGACGAAUUCUUCUCUACCGACGAGAUACUCUGCUACUGUAGUACGUGCUACAAGGUGGACGGUGAUAACGCGAUCUGCAAAAAGGGCGAACCACCUGCAGAAUUCGCGAUACCGGUCGGCUGGACCAGGUUCCCGUUGAAACAAAGCAUUAAUGCCAAUCAGAUCCCACAGAGCACGACAGACAAGUGGCACGUUGCGUUCUACGGUAUACGACUAGAUGCGAUAAGAUUGAUCUUAGAUAGAGGAGAGCUUAUGACCAAAGAGCAAUUAGACGUGAGCAACUUGACAGCGGGUACAAAAAGCGAGGAUCAGAACUUGCAGGUAUCGUUCUCGCCCAGCAUCAAGUACGCUGCGUCCGAGGAAUUUACUAGAAAGUAUCCGUAUAUCGAUAUGCAAUCGAAUAAAAAACUGAACGUGUCGACAGCAUUCCAAUUGCUGGUAAGACCAGGCUCGUAUACGAUCAGUCCCGCUGACAAAGACAGCACCGAUCUGCACUGCGAGUCCAGUAAGUGGGCCACUAAAGAAGCCGGAGCCACAGUAAUCGUCGCCUUGCUUGUUCAUCUGGACGGAUUUUAAUCCGUCUCUGUUUUGAAAGUGUUUUCAUGGACUUAAGUGUCAUCACAUCGAUCUGCAUCCAGCAACGGACCGUGAGUGAUUGUACAUACAUACGUACGAUGUGCCGAUCAUGUUGAGAGACAGUCUUGUGAUCGAUGUUUUAAUUCCGUCGAAAUCGCGUCGUAUAUUUAUGUUAGACAUCGCGUAAGUUCUCCUCGUGCGCGUACGGCCAUUUAAGAAUUGUGUCAUCAUGAUUCAUAUAGUAGAGAUUAAUCGAAGUUUUAGGGCAUCUUCUUUAACGUUGCUACGUUUAUUGUGUACAGUAUAGAUAAUUGUGUAAUAGAGUUUACAUCCGUUUAUUUAUAUAUAGAAUAUAUAGAAUAUACAUAUAGAAUUCGACUCUCGAGCUUCGACUAGGAAAAGAUUAUUCACGAAUUUGCUGGAUAGUUAUGGCAAUUUUAUGACAUACUAUAAAGGAUCUUUAUAAGUUUUAAAUGUUUUAACACACGCGUCCCAUAUAUUUGUCGCUAAUUUAGGUUGAUGCUCACAAGAAUAAAUAGCAUAAA